UGUUUCCCUCCCAUGACGUAUUUGCAUGUCCUUUUCUUCUCAGAUCCGCACGGAAAACACGGCAUUGUGUUCGGGAUGAAAAGCGCUUCUUCUGGGACAAAACUGUCCCGUGAAUGACCAGGGUACUCGGAGGGUCGGAACUGCUCGUUUACAGUUGUUCUCCGUGUGGGGCCUCGUUCCUCCGCCGCAAAUAGGGCACAGGAGUACAAGGGGGCUUCAGUUAGUGUGUGAAAGCUCGUGACACAAUUACACAGAGCGCGCCACUGUCAACUUUGCCAUUUCGGUCGCACUGAGCUGACGUGCACAGCUAGCGUCUUUGACAGGAAGCUGGACGACCUGAGUUCGUGCUUUACCGACAGCACACUUCCUGACUUUUUUUUUUUAUUUGCAUGGUGCCGCGCCAGUUGCAAACGACAUUUCCGGUAACCAGAUUUCAGUUUCUGAACUUGGGAGUGAGGACGCUUCGUCGAGACCUUGGAGGAUUAGCGGGGUGGAAACCUUUCUGCAGAACUAUUGAACCGCUGCACACAUCACUAGCUUGAAUUGGUCAUCAGCCACUGAUUUGCGUACACACCGGACAUCUCACCAGCGCGAAAGGAUCUCUUUUCUCUCCGCAUCUCGAGUGAGCCGACCGCCCUAUUACCGAGCCACUCGACUUGUCACACGGGGAGCUGAUUUUCAUAAUCGAGGCAAGAAGUCGACCACACCAGCUGCUGUCGGUUACGGAGUUCUUUCGGAAGCAGCCGAGCGGAAUUGAGCGGCUUCAGAGAAAUUUAUUCCCCCCUCCAUCCAUCAAAGCACCGGCGGGUACCAGUUGUUUGUACGGUGCCGUGCGGCGGAGCAGGGCGGCCAUUCACGGGCAGAGAUCAAGCUUUGACUGCACGGGGAUCCCUUAAUCCGCUUAUCACGGCCCAGUCAUCGAUACAUAGAACGUAGUUAUCUGUCUCGCGGUGGACACGGACCUGUCAUAUCACAGAGAAACCACUGUACGGUUUGCGGACGACUGUUGGUAGAAUUUCCUCCACCGACUAGCCAGAAACAAGCGAACGUCUGUAUUUGUGUUGCAAGCAUCAGAUUUUCGAGUUAGGUGGGAGCUGUGCGUCUUACAGGAACGCUUCCAAACUUUAGCGACAGCGACAUCGUUGUGAGGCGAGGGUCUUUAUCAAACCAGACCACCUACAGGACCGUCGGAGGUUCCACGCGUCCGCUGACGUCUCUGUUCCCGCCAACAUCCGCGGGUCGUUCCAGAAACAGGACUGAGUCGUGAGUGCAGUGGCAGAAAAAUGGUGGCUUGCUGACUCUUGUAGUUGGCAACAAAUCGUCGUCUCUACAGACUGAUCUCUUGUCAAGUCCUGUCCACCAGAUUAAAGCCAGCCACGUGGACCGACAAAAGCUGUCCGAUGCGGCUGGACAUGUCUGACUCUAGCCCCUUGCUGAUGGAACUCCACCCCCCUCCCCACCCCUCCCAGCGGCUCUCCCCCGGGGCCACCCCCGGGAGUAACCCGUCCCCCUCCCCUAGCCACUCCCCCGCCUGCCCCUCCCCACGCUCGAGCGAGGUGGAAACCGACUCUCUGCUGUCGUUUAUGGACACAGCAUGUAACAGCAUCAAGCUGGCGCUGGACAGGCCGUCAAGGUCACGACGGAAGGUCAACCACAGGAAGUACUUGCAGAAGCAGAUCAAGCGGUGUACACAGAAACUGUCUCCCGGUGAUGGGGAAAACGAUGACAAGGACGACAACGCUUCCGACAAGGAAGCCGCCACAGCGAACAAGCCCGUGUCUCGCCGGGACUCACACAUCGGUGUACAGAGUAAGUCUCUAGCAGCUUUAUUCGACCCGAACACCCUGAAGAGACCGGUGAACCCGGCUCCGACCCGGGGAAGGACGCGCGUGCCUCUGCGGAAGAGGAACCUUCCUCCAUCUUUCUUCACGGAGCCAGGUAACCAAUCAGGACACCGCGGUUCCCUCCAGACAUGCGCAGUGGCCGGGUCGUGGCCGUUGGACGGGUAUCGCCAUCCUGCGGCGGGAGUUUCCGAUUCUCUGGACAUCUUCAAUCCGGACAUUGCCGAUCUCAUCACGAACUGGCAAGACGAGUCCGGACAUAUUUCCGACCCGUCCAUGCCGGCCAUGCCAGGAAAUUCCACCAUGGGAAUGGCUGGGUCUGGGGAUCACGCCCCCAUCAUGCUACACAUGCCGUCUCAACCUUACGGAACCAACUUCAAUAUGAACUUCCCAGCUCAGUCGCAGAGCAACCAGGGUCUUCUGACAACUGCCCCGCAAAGUUGGAUGCCGAGCACCCCUAGCUACCCCUCUACGCCUUCAUCGAACUAUACUGCAAGUCGGGAAGACUAUUCACGGGUCGGCUACCAGGCGUCAAGUUCAGCUGGGCUGUCAAGUUCACUCUACGCGCCUCAAGUUCAUCAAAUGCCCAACGGUUUGCCGGACUUUCCACAGGCGUUCGGACAUGGUCAGGCAGCCAUUGGCCAACAGUGGCCCAACUCCUUGUGCUACACGUAUCUUUAGAAUGAGUACAAAGUACAGAAUGUUCAUUCAUGACUUUACAGCCGCCAUGCAUUUUGCUGCAUAACUUGAUUAAGAAUCGAAGCGCACAGGAUGUUUCUUGUACCUCUGUUAUUUGACGAUGUUACUUUGCAAUGCACACAUAUGUAGCUCUAACUUAGAUCCUAGACAUCUACGAACUAUUUUCAGUUCCAUUUACCCAAGUGGACAAUGAAUAUGCAUGCUGUCAUGCCAGUGUACAGCCAUUGUACACAUUGAACAAAAGAAAAGGUAUGUGACACUGAUGGAUUUGUGUUUACAUUUGGAAAUUUUUUAACGCCCUCAAGCGCUUUUGAGGAAGUCUAAGUUUGUUCAGUUAAUAGAAUAGACUCGUUCAAGUGUUCAUGAAGAAUGGUUAGAUUCGAAAUGAUAUGAUUACGUUGAUAGUGGAGUUUCCUUUACCUUGCUGCUAGAACCAAUACUUGUACACUGUGAUGCAUAGUUUAGAACCGUCCAGUUCCGAAAAAUUACAUUCAUUAGGAAGCACUGUCGGAUGAAAUUGUGUCAGAUAUCGUGUCAAAU